AUGAAUGGAGAUUUAGCAGCUGGAAAGAUGACUUCCUCCACCUGUGCCAUGGGCCCCAUCGACAGCCUGGAGCUCCUGGAUCUCCUGUUUGAUCAGCAGGAUGGAAUCCUGAGACACGUAGAUCUGGGCGAGGGUUGGGGCCAUGCUGGAGACCAGCAGGUCCUGCCAGCCCCGGACUCCAAUGAUUUCCUCAAUUGUAUCUUGGGUUCUGGAGACUCAGUGCCCAGCUCUCCUCUCUGGUCUCCUGCGGACAGUGACAGCGGCAUCUCUGAAGAUCUGCCCUCAGACCCCCAGGAUACCCCUCCACACAAUGGGCUGGCCGCCACCCCAGCUGGCUGCCAUUUCUCGGAGUCUGGCAAGGGGCUCUGCCCCUCCUACCAUCCUGUUCCCCACAACCCUACCAAGCCCCUUGGGCCAGUGGCCCAAGUGCUCGAGGCCUCUGUGGCCAUAGACCUGGAAAUGUGGAACCCGGAGCUCUAUCCUGAGGAGCAGACUGAGCUGGCAGUCUCGCCCCCAAGCUGCAACCUCACAGUGAAAGACCUUCUCCUCUCCGGCAGUGGCGGGGACCUGCAACAGCAGCAUCUGGCAGGCCCCCACCCGUUGAGAUCAGGGACUGGGAACUGCCAGGAGCUGAUGCUGACAGAGGAUGAAAAGAAACUGUUGGCCAAAGAAGGCAUCACGCUGCCCACUCAGCUGCCCCUUACCAAGUAUGAGGAGCGAGUGCUGAAAAAAAUCCGCAGGAAAAUCCGAAACAAACAGUCAGCCCAAGAAAGCCGGAAAAAGAAGAAGGAAUAUAUUGAUGGCCUGGAAACUCGGAUGUCAGCCUGCACUGCCCAGAACCAGGAGCUUCAGAGGAAAGUCUUGCAUCUUGAGAAGCAGAAUCGGUCCCUCUUGGAGCAGCUGAAGAAACUACAGGCCAUUGUGGUCCAGUCCACCAGCAAGUCAGCCCAGGCAGGCACCUGCAUAGCGGUCCUGCUGCUCUCUUUUGCCCUCAUCGUCCUCCCCUCCAUCAGCCCUUUUGCCCCCAACAAAGCCGAGAGUCCCGGAGACUUCACACCGGUGCGAGUUUUCUCCAGAACUUUGCACAACGACGCUGCUUCCCGUGUGGCCCUCGACACCACACCAGGUUCCGAGGCCCCAGGUCCUCAGCCCGAGGCUGGCGCACCCCAGGGAGGGUCUCCAGGCAGCCCCAGGGUACACUGGAAAUCUCAGGAUAUGCUGGAUCUAGACAACUCGAUGGAGGAAAUGAACAAGUCGACCCUGGUCCAGGACAACUGGACAGAGGAGCUGAGCCGGUCUACCCUGCUGGACUGGGCCUCGCCUGAGCCAGCACUCAGCCCAGGCCGCGUGGGGCUGGAGGCAGUGGGGGAGGAGCUGUGA